AUAACAGUGAGAUAUCUGACAAAGAGAUUUAUUGGAGAAUACGGCCAAGAAACGGAAUGCCGAUAUCACCACCAGGCCAAGAUAGACAACGAUCUCGUUUCCAUGGAGAUUCUCGACGUUGGACCCGAGAUCUCCAUCAAUGACGAGCUUGUUGCCUGGGCUGAUGCAAUUCUUCUUGUGUACUCCAUUACUGAUCCGAAAAGCAUGAGGGCGCUUCACGAUUUGAGACCAAAGCUGGAUGAAGCUAGAAGCGUGAAAAGUACCCCUCUUGCCUUCAUGGUAUUGGGAAACAAAUCAGAUUUAAUGCACGCGAGGAAAGUCUUUACCAAAGAAGGAGAGAAGUUUGCCAAAGAACUUGGGUGUUCGUACCUCGAAAUCUCCGCAGCGGACUCUUACCAACAAAUCGUAGAUCUCUUCCACGAGCUAUACCGUGAAGCCAAAAUGUACAAACUCGGAACCAAAUCCUCGCUGCUAGGUCGGAUGUUCGGGCAUGCGCGUGAGAAGAAAACAAUGACGCUUUAAAGUUAUAAUCAGUGUCAGCUGAUAACUAUAUUAAUGGACUCCACUCCGUAACCAUGGUAACGCGGGAUGACAUACGCUCGAACAUUACCAUGCACGAGGAUUAUGCCUGUUGGUCGAAGAGGCUCGAGUCUAUUCAUUAGAAAGAAUUGCGGCAUGGAGAUGAGCAACAGAAGAUGCGAGGACGAAUCUGGACGUUCCGAAAACCUUGACUAUCCGUCAUCACUCAUCACUCCUGGACUUCCCAACUCAUCUUAACUAAUCUAAACCCAUCCUGAUUCAUCUCAACUCAUCUUAAAUCAUUUUAACUCACCCUAACUUAACUCAUCUACUAUUCUCAAUCACUAAUAUACUCAUCGCCUCUCAUAAGCCAAUCGCUGACAGGACUUCUCAACUUUCCUGAACUCAUCUGUUCUUCUGCGACAAGUCGUUAUUCUCAUCAGAUUUACAGUCCCUUUAAGGACUUUAUCUUACAUAACGAACGAUAUUUUUCUGUCUUUCUUGCCUUUUAACGUUUUUCUCUCACUCCACCACCCAAAAAAGCAUUUAGAGGACAAACCACAUGAUGAACCGACAUCCUCCUUUACGUUAUGUACGGCCAUUCGAUUGCCGUGUGAGUUUAGCAUCAGAGGUUUGGGGAGCCAACCUUGUCAAAGUAUUGUAUGUAGAUCUUGUAGAAUUUCAAACUGAGUUAACAGUACCUUAAUAUACUUAGAGGUGAAUCACGAAUGAGAUAUUAAUGUCAGAUAAUUUCAUUUCUUCCUAGAUGGUAAUGUGUACUUGAUUUUUAAAAUCCAACCAGUAUCGUAUUAAGGUAUUGGUUCUUUUAAAGUGUUUUUGUUCCUUUCAAGGUACCUUAGAUAUACAAUUGGCUACAAUUUAUCUUUACACUGGUUCACUGUAAAGCAAAGUAUUAUUUUCAAGAUUUUGUUAACUUUCCACUGUACGCAUCUUUUUCGCAGUACGUGCCUCUUCUAUUAACUAAAAGCUACACCCCUUCAAGGUCAUUACCUUUCUCUACCUGGUAUUUCUCUUGUUACACCCUAAGUUUCCAAAACCUGGAGACACAUUAAAACAUGUCUAACUUCUGAAACUUUAAAAGGAACCUGAAAAUAUUUUUUUUCUCAAUUCUUAAUUUCCUUUAACAUUUCUUGGAAAAGCGCAUUUAACACUCUCAACCGCGUAGCAGGAUUUAAUUUUGGAGGGGGCGGUAAGUGCACGCCAAGCGUGCCAACACUUAGGGGGGAGGGUGCAGGGAGGGGGAAGUUUCCCCCCUCCCGCGCGGAGCGCGAAGUUAUUGAUAUCUCGUCAAAUUCAAAUCAAAAGAAGGCGUCUCUUGCGUCUCUAGUACCCUUAUCAACUCGAAUAUUCACUUGCUGUGGUUUAAAAAAAAAUAGUUUUCGAAAGAAAUUAUAAACGCCCAUAAAUGGGACAAGAUUGGAGAAUUUGAAAUAAAUCCUCUUACCGCGCGAAGCGCUGAAGCUGAAAACGUUUUUAUGAAAAGAGAGAACAAAAAUGAUAUAAUUAUGCCUACCUUGGUCACAUCAGCUUUGAGUGUAAAAAGUUUGUCCCCAUUAAAUUCCGUUAACUCAUAUCGCAAAACAGAGGAGAAGACGGGUCUAUACAGGAAGUAAAGAGGCCCAAUUCCUUCCCGGAAAUGGCGUUGUAGCUCUGAUUUUUAGAAAAUUAUCUGAAAGUUUAACCUGUUCUAAUUUUGAUAUUACUUAGAUUAUAUAUAACUCGAUUAAGAAGAAAAACGAGCUCAAAAUGUGAAAAGGAUGAUGCAAGCUAGAAGAUGGACAUUUCUUUUCCCAUGCUAGAGAAGCACGGAAACCUCUGUGAUUUAUUUUAGAAGAAAAAAAAAUCGCUCAUAUUAAGGACGUUCCACAGUUAAAGUGAAAUCCAUGUCAUUUACACCAAACUUUGCACAUAGAUACUUUAGAACCUUAAUAUUCGAAAUAUGCAAAAAAUAACAUAGGUCCAUGUGCUUGAUCUUUUGCUAUAGAACUUCAAAGUUCACCCAAAUUGAUGUUCUUAAGAAUUGCGCAUUCAAAAGAAUUUGGCAUUUUUAGACCUCGCAAGAACACUACAUUGAGUAUAAACCUCUAUUACUCUGUCAAAAUACAUGAAAAAGUCAUCAAAUUUCGCAAGAGAAUUAAUAAUUGUAUCGUUAGAAUGAAGAGUCUAUUUAUAGUGCUAUUUGUUUGCAACUUUAAGUCUAACAGCACAGUCAGUUCUUAAAAAUGGCGUAAAAGAUAACAAAAACCCAAUCUCAAAAAUGUGAAAUUUCAAUAACAGACUACAAAAGUACAAUAAAUGCUGCACUUUAUUCAAAAUCCAUGUCAUUUUCACCAAAAUUUGCAAAGUUGUAGAGGAAGCUAUACCUAAGAGGUACAAACAUUAAAAAAUAGGGGUUCAUGUGCUUGUUUUCAAAUUAUCCGCAUUUUUAUUAGAGCAAAUGUGCUUUUUAAAACACCAAAAAUGCGCCAAAUGCUUUGUAUCUAUGUGAAGAAAAAUCAAAACCACUCUACCAUUUAUUCAAACUCGGGGUCAUUUUCGUGAUUCUUGGCAGUACUGCAGAGUAAAGUAUUUUGAAAUAGUAGAAAUAUUUGUUUAAAUGAUCCAUGGAAUAAUUCCAGUUUUUUAGCUUCAUAAAAUAACGCAUCGGAUCUGCAGUUAGGGUGCAGAUGAUGAGAAAAAUCAGCUCAUAUCCACAGCUAAUUAAUCACCUGUUCAUCCAUUGUGACGUCAGCGCGCAGUGUUAAAUAUGCGCACAAACAUAACUGUGGAACGUCCUUAAGCUCAGUAAUAUUCAAAAUUUCAAAUCAAUGGCGCAAAACAAGACGGGAGAUGGAUGUGCAGUGAUAUAGAAUAAAGUUUAAUAUCGUACAUACUUUUGCAUAUACUUUGCCAAAAAUAACUUGCUGAAAAACGGAAUAAAUAGCAUUUGGGGACUCGGAGAGCGACGGUACUGUUUACCCGCUCCGAAUAGAAGAGCCAAAAUUUUGUGUCAAUGCAAUAAAUACUUUUCAUACUCUUUACACCCAUGUAUACUUCAUAAUUUCUGGCAAGAAUAUACGAUUCCCAUGGCCGGGAAGGAGAAAAACGGAGUAGAAAAAGGUGUGGGAAACAAAAGGGAAUGGUAAUUUUUAUAUUUCUCCCGCGCGGAGCGCGGAAGCAAAAUUUUUAGCAUGAAGAGAUAAGAACGCCUCGUUUAGGUUGUUAUUCUUUUGACCAAAAAGGAAGUAAAAAAUAACAAAAGCUAUACCUUUCUUCCCUUUUCUCCUUUCGCUUUUUCUUUUUCUCCUUAUCCCCUUCUUUUUUUUCUUUUUUGGGAGCGUUUUUGGGGGGGCGACCGCCCCCCUGGCUACGCGCCUGAAAACUCUACAGAGUGGAUUUUGAGUGUUACAAGUCCAGUUUAGUAUUGUAUUAAUGUGGUAAUUAAGUGCUAAAUUCAGCACUAUAAUAUAACAGGGUUCCCAGCUUUUCAAGAAAACAAAAUUCCCUGAUUUUCCCCUAAUGAAGUUUAAAAAUUCCGUGAUAAUUAUUUAAAGCCAUUCCCGGUUUCGCAUGUUUUCUAAGUUGUUCAGUGAAUUGCAUGUUUUUCAGUAUAAAAACAAUAAGGUAAAAAUAGGAAUAAUGUAUUUUUAUUAUAAUGUAUAAUGUAAUGUGAUUUAUGUAUCAUGUAAUAAUGUUAAUUUAACCUGCCGGCCAACCUGAUAGGUUGCCGGGCCUGGUAUUUGUUAUCCGUGAUCUUUAAUAAAGACAUGAUGUACUAACUUAGUAAACACUACAAAACACCAUAACCAGUCAUUCAAUGGAUGUUGUUUGGAUAUGCAACACGCUAUAACAGAGUCUGACUGACUACCGUGCUUUCGACUAUUGGACCGAUCAAAAUUCCCUGAUUUUUUCCUCAUUUGAGGCAUUUUUUCUUUCCUGAUUUCAGGUAUUUUUAAAAUCAAUUUCCUCGAUUUUUCCCUAACUGGAAAAAAGUAUUUAAAAAAAAUCCCUGAUAUCCCUGAUGGGCUGGGAAACCUGAUAUAAUGUCAUAGUGAAGCACUAUUGUUGCAAAAUAUGGCCCACGACGUGCUUUUCUCUUAAUCCAAAACUACAAACCAUAAACAGAACACAUUGCGCUUAGAAACACCAGUAGUAAGCGCCUUAUAAAUGUUAUGUAUUAUUAUUAUUACAACCUGUCAGUUUUAGCACCCAAAAUACUGAAAAUCAGCAUUACGUAUUGUAGCCACAAUGCAAGCUCCUAAAGUGCUGUAUUUUUUUAGAGUGUAUAAUCAAUUUCCAAACAGAAAUUUACAAAUGGUAACUUUUUUUCGUUUGAAAUAAGUAUACAGAAGAUGUAAUUCUACAUAAACAAGUUGUUAUCAAUUGACUAUUACUAGAUGUUGUGAAUGAAACUCUCAUUUUUAAGAGACCGCGUUAUUGUAUCUUAAAGUAUUGUACAUAAAGAAAUAAUUUCUUAAUGGAAUUCUAGAUAGAUUUUUAUGUGAAUGAGAUAUUGUAUUUUACAUCGAUGUACAUUGAUAAAGAAAAUAUACAUUAAUUGCAAAUU